AUGACUUUCGUGCCCGCACCUGGCUAUCAUCCCACCUACAAUCCGACGCUGCCCUUCUGCAAACCCGUCCCAUGUGGCCUCAAAGUCGGGAUGUCCGUCUACUUCCAGGGACUGGCCGACAAGAAUAUGCAGAGGUUUGUGGUAAACUUUGCCAUGGGGCCAGAUGCAGUAAGAGAUGACAUCGCCUUCCACUUCAACCCCCGCUUUGCUGGCUGGAACAAGGUCAUCUUCAGCGCAAGGUUGUCAGGCAUGUGGGGUGCGGCAGAGGAGAAAAAGAAGAUACCCUUAAAAAAUGGGGAGCACUUCGAUAUGCUGGUGAUGAUCACACAGGAGCAUUACAAGGUGCUAGUGAACGGAAAUCAUUUCUAUGAGUUUGGGCACCGGACACCCAUCCAGAAAGUCACCCAUCUGUAUGUGGAUGGAGCCAUGACCCUUCAAUCCGUUACCUUCUUUGGCAGCUGUCCCACCUCCUGUGAGCCUAUGCCAUAUAUGCGGAGACUUCAGGGGGGACUGAAGACCAACAGAACCAUCAUAGUCGUGGGCUUCAUCCCUCUCUCAGCCCACAGAUUUUUUAUCAACUUCAUUGUGGGAACCACAGGGGACAUAGCCCUGCACAUCAACCCGCGCAUGGACGAGAAGGCUGUUGUGCGGAACAGUUUCCUAAAGGGGGCCUGGGGGUCUGAGGAGAGGAGCAUUUCCUACAAUCCCUUUGCUCCAGGACAGUACUUUGAUCUGUCCAUCCAUGCCAGCACCGAUAACCUCAAGGUAUUUGCCAAUGGCCAGCACAUCUUUGACUACAAACAUCGUGUGUCGGCUACCUUGGCGGAUAUACUGGAGAUCUCCAGUGAUGUCAUCCUCUCCUAUGUCCAGGUCUGA